AUGGACGCUGGGGGUACUUUAGAGCCCAAUCAGAUAUCGGAAGGCAUAACGAACAUUUUCAAUCCCCAAACAUUUCACCUAUUUUCGACCGGUGCUGCUGAGCUCAUGCGUCCACAUAUAAUGGACUGCCUCAGCAUUCUUUCCGACGUGCAUACUAUCCACAAGGUAAAACAGGCACAAAAGAUGGCAGCUCAACCGGUCGGAGCCGAUGGUUACCCAGCCGACUGCGGGGCUCUCCACGGGCCAGGCACCUUAGGACACAACCCCGCUGCUGGCGGUCUCGGAUACGUUGCGACCGGUGUCGCUAAUGCCUAUUCUGGCAGUGGUGGCAUUGGUGGACUUGGCAGCGCUGGCAGUGGAGUCCCCAACAGUGUAGGUGUUUCCGGACCCAGUCAUCCAACCACUAAUGCGCCGUCUCUUCACGAGGACACUAUUGGAGCCCACCUCAAAUCGGGCAUUGCACAGUUUGUUGCGCUAGAAUUGAGCAGAAAUUCUUCCGUGAAGGAUGAGGAUCUUUUGAUGCUUCUUUCUCCUGGUUUAGUUGUAGACGAGAACGCACCGUCGGCUGAUACUCAAAAAAGAUCAGGCAAGUUGCCGAAUAUUUCUGCGAAACCCCUUCCCUCAGGUUCACUCUCAGGCGGCAGUUUUCGUAGUACGGGUGGAACCACCGGCGCAAGUAGUAGUGGCAGCUUCAACACACAACGACAGUUCAGCCGAGGUUCCACCAUCCUCGGUCUAGGGGGCCUCCAAACUCCCAGAGUGAUGGCCUCAACUGCGGGUCAGUCAAGUCUGGAAGCCGAACGUGGAUCAAAAUGGGAUGAAAGUAGCAACACGAACGUCUCUAGAGGUGCCGUUGGAGAACAUUCCCCACCGGUUGUGACAUCCGGUAUGUCAAAAUUGAGUAGCGGAAACACAGGACACAUUUCACUUGCGGUACCUUCCCUCGUGACCCGAAGUCCCAGCAUAGCAUCUGUGCUGGCAACACCGGGUGCGGGUCAACAAGCCCUCAUGUCGAUUGGUCAUUUUGCUCUCAUGCCUACUUUAACUCACACAACACGGAUUGAUGCCCCAAUUUUGCAGUAUCUCCCGUGGCUGAAGUCAAUACCUUCCACCGUCCAACAGGGCCCAAGGGAUUUCCUCCAAUGCGUUGAGCGUAUCCGAACGCUCACAUGGCUUCUUCUAGGUGCGACGAUGCACACAGCAUUAACAAGGGAUGCAACUGGACUAACCUGCAAACCAGUUCCCUUCAUAUUCGUCACUUCCAUUGCCGACCUCGUCAAAUUCAUCAUCUCAGGAUUUACCGAGCAGAAGAAGGUCUGUGACAAUAGCCUCUACACAUGUGACGGUCAAAAUUGA